AUGACACGAUUUAUCGAUGUAGCGAAAGAAUCGUCAUCAUGUAUUCUACAUGAAUAUGAAGCACAUCGCUUAAAAGGUCGUUAUUCUAAUAUGGAAUUAUUUAAACAGAUUCAAGAAGCUAGUAGUCAUAAUGAUGAUCCAAAAGCUCGAGCUGCACAUUGUUGUUAUAUACAUUUAAUCGGUUUUGUGCCUGGCUUAGAUGAAAAACCACAUGGAGGUGGAUAUGAAUCAGAAGCCGUUGAAUAUUGUAUUGAUGACGCUGUACUCUAUCAAAAUUUAAGUGAACUUGUUGAUAAACGUGAAGAAUAUGCAGUAUUCGAAGAUAAUCUUGGACCAACACUCGAAAAAAUGAUACAUGAAGCAAGAGAACCAUCAUUUGAUCUCUUACGUCAAGCUUGCAGUAAUUUUGAAAAAGAAUGUCAUAUGGAAAUGCAUUAUGCUACAUGUCAACGAUCAUUUAAUUAUUUUGUUGAAAAAGGUGUUGAUACUGAUGAAGCACUUGCUUAUGCAUUUGCUAUUUCUUUCUAUACUGGUACGUAUAGUGAAGCACUUAAUCAAAAUGCUGCUCUUAUUGUACGAAAUCAAAAUCGAAAUGCUUCAAAAAAUACUGAAAUAGCUAAAAUUGAUGAUAGAGCUGCUAUGAUAAUGUAUUAUCUUAUAAAAGGUUUAUCACAUAUUGAUUUUUAUUGGGGUGUAGCAACACGAUGUGUAGAAUUAAAUUCAAAAGAACUUGAUGAUUAUCAACCUGGUUUUUUGAUAACAUGGCUUCAAUUUAGUAGCUCAAAUAAAGGUUUAGCAGCACCCGAUUGGUUUAAAGAACGUAAUACAAUCUUUUUUAUUUAUUCAUUAACUGGUCGAAGCAUACAAAAAUUUUCUAAUUGUGCUGAAGAUGAAGAUGAAGUUCUUUUUUUACCUCAUUCAUCAUUUUUAGUUUGUCAUGUAGAAAAAGUUUGUGGAAAAAAUCAUAUUUAUUUAAGGCAGAUAGAACUUGGUCUAUGCAAAUAUGUUAUUUUAUGGGUCGACGAUCAUAUAUUUGAUGAUUGGUGGGAAAAUAAAGAACAUAUGGAAAGAGCAAGUACACUUGGUACUGAAAUAAAUGUUCAUUUUAUACCAAAAUCCAAUACAACAGCAGCAUUGAUAUUUCUUCGUUCAGAAUUUUGA